GGAUAUUCCGCCUGAGCAAAGAGGUGUGGAGAUAUCGGGCUGCUGUGUAAAUCCUAGACCUCGGAAAGUCAUCAAAUGAUCAAGAGCACUGAAAUGGGUACCCUGCAUCUCAGCCCAGCCAACGUGCCAGAUUUUUAGAGAGGCAGUGCCAGCUGAACUGGUGACCAUCUGAAUGCUGUUGAACUACCUCUUUGCCCUGGUGGAGCGGUUUCUAAUCCAGUUUGGGACUACUGAAAUCCUACGGCUCUGCGAUCCUGGGCCUGAAGAAGGCAACAGGUACCAUGGAGGUUGCGCUGGUAGACUUUGAGAACGUGGACGAUGUCGACUGCAACAUGGAGGACCUCGAUGACCCUGACUACCCAAAUGAGAAGACGGCUCUGGCGGUGGACAUGCCCGAGUGCAGUGUCGGCAGCAACCACCUGUGCUCCCAGCAGUCCUCACCCAAGGGGAAGCAGAGUCUGCACGGCCAGACCCUGGGGCUGCCCCCCUCGCCCACUCUGUCACCCUGUAACUCGAGGGGACGCGCCAGCUGUGCCAGUCUCAUAUCCAACUGGAAACUGCUCCUGAACAGCGAGGGCACCCAAAGCGAGACCAUCUUCAGCAAGCUGGCCAAGGAGUGCUGCGAGGACCUGUUUGUGGACAAGCGGGGCAUGGACCAUGGAGAGCAGAAAGUGAUCAUCAACAUCGCUGGCUUACGGUUCGAGACACAGCUAAAGACUUUAGACCAGUUUCCCGACACGCUACUCGGGGACCCAAUGAAAAGAAUGGACUACUUUGAUCCUAUGAGAAACGAAUACUUUUUCGAUCGCAACCGACCGAGCUUUGAUGGCAUUUUGUACUACUACCAGUCUGGAGGCAAGGUACGCAGACCUGCAAAUGUACCCUUGGAUGUGUUUGCAGAUGAAAUGAUCUUCUACGAACUGGGGAACGAGGCAAUGGAACAGUUCAGGGAGGACGAGGGUUUCAUCAAAGAGGCAGAGGUGCCUUUGCCAAGCAAUGAGUUCCACAGACAAUUCUGGCUGCUCUUUGAGUACCCGGAGAGUUCUAACGCGGCUCGUGGAGUUGCACUGGUCUCUAUCUUUGUCAUCACCAUCUCAAUUGUCAUUUUCUGCAUGGAAACCCUGCCGGAGUUCCGAGAUGACCUGGGCGUCCCGCCCACUACUGGUUUGCCCUUGAACCAAUCCAAAGGCAACUUCCCCUCCCUGUCCCCACCAAGUGCCACACCCAAAACUAUCACCGCCACCUUCUCGGACCCUUUCUUUAUAGUUGAGACCGCCUGCGUCAUCUGGUUCUUCUUUGAGCUUUUUGUGCGCUUCAUCGUGUGCCCCAGCAAAAAGGAGUUCUUCAACAACAUCAUGAACAUCAUCGACAUCAUCUCCAUCAUCCCAUACUUUGUGACGCUGAUCACCGAGAUAGUAAACAAUCCGGACAUUAUUGCCAGUGCCCAGAACCAAAACAUGUCACUCGCCAUCCUGCGAAUAGUCCGGCUGGUGCGAGUCUUCCGCAUCUUCAAGCUCUCUCGACACUCCAAGGGCCUGCAGAUUCUGGGCCAGACUCUCAAAGCCAGCAUGAGGGAGCUGGGACUGCUCAUCUUCUUCCUCUUCAUCGGAGUCAUCCUCUUUUCCAGCGCCAUCUACUUUGCGGAGGUGGACGAGCCAGACACGCAGUUCACCAGCAUACCGGACGGAUUCUGGUGGGCUGUGGUGACCAUGACGACUGUGGGCUAUGGCGACAUGUGCCCCAUAACAUUAGGUGGCAAGAUGGUUGGGACUCUGUGUGCCAUUGCUGGCGUGCUGACCAUUGCUUUGCCUGUUCCCGUCAUCGUCUCGAACUUCAACUACUUCUACCACCGGGAGACUGAACAAGAGGAUAAGCAGCCCGUCGCCGAGGCGACAGACAAGAGCAUGAAGUCAGGAGCGGCAGCCAAACUUGGCAGCAACACCUCUCUGAACAAAGCCAAUGGUAACUGGCAGAAUGAUAAGGACAAGUACUGAUGACUGAACUAAACAUAAGGGGGGAUUCACCACUGUAUCUCAAGGUAUUUAAAAAGGAUCAGGCAAUUUAUUUAUUGUUUGUAUUUUAUAAAGUUGUAUACAUGACACCAGCACAUAAAUUGUAGGUUAGACAUGGAUGUUUUUUUUUAGAGUUUAGAAUUUCAAAGAAGUCUGCACGUGCUGUGACUGUUCUGUUAUCGCUACUACAUUAGUUCAAUAAUUUGUUUAAUUAUUCAGUAUGGAAGCAACAUUUGUAACUAGUUAAACUUAUCACAUGCUCUACCCAAUAUCAAUAGCAUAAGGACUUCAUCCAGUGUCCUUGCAGAGUAAGAAGUCAGAAAAAGGAAAGUUUACGUCUGUCGGUCAAAAUACAAUACAUUAUUUGACAAAGUGGCAAGUAUAAUGAUCUAACUA